UUCGAGAAUAAAGAAAUACCAACUGAUAAAGUAUUGGGUAUCUAUUGGAAUACAACAACUGAUUUGAUCGAAUUUCAAUUAAAACUUGAUCGAUUGGAAUUCACAAGGUUGAUUACAAAGAGAGAAACUCUCUCGUUUGUAAUGAGUAUUUACGAUCCCUUAGGGUUAAUUUCGAACUUCACAAUUCAUGGUAGAAUUCUUUUACAAAAAUGGCAUAAAGAAUCUUCUGAUUGGGAUAGCCAGUUACCAGAUAGUUUAUCAAAUUUUUGGAACUCUUGGAUAGAUAUGCUUAAACUUGUCACCCAUUUUAAGAUUCCAAGAUGUAUGACCUUGAAAAAUGCAUUGUUUUAUGAGUUGCAUAUGUUCGGAGAUGCUUCGGAAAAUGCUUUUGCUGCCGUUGUGUAUCUGAGAAGUGUUACUGCAAAUGGCACUGAUGUGAAUAUAGUAUCAGCAAAGGCAAGAGUUUCACCGAAUAAAAUGUUAUCCAUACCACGUUUAGAGUUGCAAGCAGCAAUAUUAGGGAUAAGAUUGUUGAAUACCGUAAAGAAAGAAUUAAGAAUUUCGAUUUCAAAAUGCGUCAUGUGGUCAGACAGUCAAACUGUCCUAGCCUGGAUUAAUAGUCAGCAUAGGCGGUAUAAGCAAUUCGUAGCUCAUCGAGUUGCUGAAAUCUUAGAAACAACUUCAAUGGAUCAAUGGAGAUAUAUAAAAUCAUCAUUAAACCCUGCUGAUGAAGGUACAAAAAUUAAAAAGGGAGCAUCAUUAUGGCUCAAUGGACCAUCGUUUUUAAGAAAAUCAGAAAGUUAUUGGCCAAACUGGACAGUAAGUAUGGAAACUGAUGAAGAGCUGAGAAACUAUGUAAACAUUCAUCAAAGAAUACAUCCUUACUCUUUUAUUCAGGACGAUUAUUUUUCGGACUGGUGGCGUUUGGUUAAGCGAACUCUAAUAAUAAAAAAGUUUACCGAUUGGAUUAAAAAUAAAACAGAUUUUGAUCGUAGCACUAAUUAUGAUGAUGUAAAAUGGGUUGAAAACGCGAUAUUCAAAAAAGCUCAAUGGGAUUGUUUCGCAGAGGAAGUAACAUUACUGAAAGAAGGUAAAGAAAUUGAAAAAUCCAGCAACUUACGAAAAUUGAGUCCAAUGCUUGAUAAUCAUGGAGUACUCAGAGCAAGAGGAAGAUUGGAACACGCAAGAAGCAUACCCGAAUCAGCAAGAAAGCCAAUUAUAUUACCAUAUGAACAUAAUAUUUCUUUUUUAAUUGUAAAGACAUAUCAUGAACGGUAUUUGCAUCAGAAUGACAAUGUCGUGAUUGCAGCUAUUCUUCAAAAGUUUUGGAUUAUUAAACAAAGGUCACUUUUGAAAAAGGUCAAGAAAUAUUGCCAAGAAUGCAUUAUUGCUAACGCAAAACCAGUACCACCCAUGAUGGCACCCUUACCAGAUUAUCGGACCGAAUCUUUCUUGUAUCCAUUUACGCAUACUGGAGUGGAUUACUUUGGUCCAUUUGAAGUUGCAGUAAAACGAUCAAGAGAAAAACGUUGGGGUGUGAUUUUUACAUGUAUGUCUAGUAGAGCAGUUCACAUCGAAAUGGCUGAGAAAUUAGAUACAGAUUCUUUUAUUGUCUGUUUGCGUAAUUUUCAAAACAGAAGAGGAAAAAUUAAGCACCUUUACAGCGAUAAUGGCACCAACUUUGUUGGAGCUGACAAUGAAUUAAAAGAACUAAUUGUGAAUAUUGAUAAAAGAAUGAGAAACGGUGAUGCGGCAGCAUUAGCCUUAAAAUGGACAUUCAAUCCUCCCGCGGCAUCCCAUUUCGGCGGAGUAUGGGAGAGGCUUAUUAAAAUCAUAAAGUUAUCGCUAUAUAAAAUGCUGAAGCAGUAUGGUAGUCGUUUACCACGACCAGCAAUUUUAAGAUCUGCUCUGAUCCAAGUAGAAUUUAUUCUAAACUCUCGUCCAUUAACACACAUACCAGUAGAAGAUAUCGACGACGAAAUAAUGACACCAUUUCAUAUUCUAAUUGGUCGUGCUGGAGAAUAUGUACCACCUUAUGAUCCAACUGCAAUUCACUUAGAAAAACAUCAUUGGAAAAAGGUUCAAAACUAUGGGAAAUAUUUUUGGGAUCGGUGGACGAAAGAGUACCUUCCAUUAUUGUUGAAACGAAAUAAAUGGACUAAUCAAAUUGAACCUAUUAAAGUUGACGAUAUUGUUGUAAUAACUGAUGAUAAGGCACCUCCUGGAACAUGGCUGAAAGGUCGAGUAAUCAGUGUUAGAAUGGCUAAAGAUGGACAAGUAAGAUCUGCUGAAAUUAAAACAUCUAAAGGUAUUUAUGAAAGACCAGCCGUCAAAGUGGCAGUUUUAGAUGUUCGGAAAAUUCAAAAGCCAAAGCCAUCUUUAGAAACAAAUGAUGAUUUAUUUCAACAAACUCAAAACUUUCAAGGAAGUCAUGACACAAUUCCACUUUCAGAACCGAAGAAACUAGAUUCACCAGAUUUAAUCCCGAAUCAAGAUGAUCAUGAAGAAAUGUGCAAUCUACGUUCGAAUAAAACCAUAAGAACAAAAAAUCCUAGUAACUUCAUAUCGUUUAUGUUGCUUGUAUACAUGUUUACAUUAAUCUUUGGUUUCGAAACUAGAGGAUUGAUAGCAUUUGAUUGUGCCAACCCAGAGGUAAACAUGACAAGUUACUCGCUUCUUGAUGUAGCUUCUUGUAUUCCUCAGAAAAGUAAUUUGAGUUCAACAGAAAUAACAAUACAGGUUUUACAAAGGAAUGUAAAAAGUUUAACUAAAGUUCUUCAAUGUAAGGUAAUAAUUCGAAGGUCCAUAAGACAUUGUGGAGCAUUUUCGCAUACUUCAGAUUAUCAGUAUGGAUAUUCUUACAUCGUCAAAGAGUUCAAUUCAGAAGAAUGUACAAAGGUACACGCUUUAGGAAUUGUAUCGCUGACUCAUGACAGACAAAUUAAUGAGCUGAAGUUAAAUUCCACUACAAGGGGUGAAACGCUUAUUGUAGGUAGCGUGACUGGAAAUUCAUGCAACGGAGGCACAUAUAGUACACCAUUCUAUACAUGGACUGGGGCACUAGUUUAUUAUGAGUACGAGAUUGCUCUAUACGACUAUAUUGCAAAUAUUGACCUUGAAAAUGAUCAGAUAUAUUUGAAAAAUGGUUUAAUGUGUUCGUAUUCAAUUGGAACAUGUCUAGAUUCCGAAGAAGGUUAUUUGACCUGGAAUGUAGACUUGAAUCAGUCCUGUGAAACAACUGAAUUUGAAGUAAUUUAUGAAGGACUUGUCAAUAAAACUACAAGUUUAGAGGGUAAUAUAAAGCAAACUCAUUCAGUGGUUUACAGCACUAUUUCAGAAAAGCAAGUAUUUUCGAUCAAAACACGAGAAGAUACUCGCAUUUGUGGUUACAACGGAUUUACUACUGAUCAUCCUAGAAUUUUAAUAAUUGAAACAGAGAGUAUUAGAUCUCCAUUUACACGAAAAGCAAACAGUGGAAAAAAUUUGGAUUUGUUUACUUAUUUUAAUUCCAAAAUUACUCUUGUAGAAAGUUAUAUUGGUCAAUCUUUAAAUGAUAUUUACAAUAUGGUUAUGGCUGAAAUGUGUAAGUUAGAUAAAGUUCUUUUAGAAACUAAGCUUACACUGGCUAGGCUUAACCCGAAUGAAUUCGUCAGCAGCAUAAUGAAGAGAAAUGGUUACACAGCAGUAGUCGCUGGCGAAGUUUUGCACGUUUUGGAGUGUAAACCUGUUUACAUUACACCAAGAUUUACUGAGCAAUGUUAUCAAGAAAUUCCCGUUUUUUACAAUAAUGUGUCAAUGUUUUUAGCUCCAGUUACACGCGUUUUACAAACAUUAGGAACAGAAAUAGAGUGUACUCCUCUACUUCCUGCCAAAUUCAAAUUUGGGAGCAGAUGGUACACCACAGAUGGAAGAUUACGAGAAACCACUGCGCCAAGUAAACUAUCAACUGAUAUUGUUACCAGCUGGUCAUACACGCCAUUGCCAAACUUAAUGGAGAGUGGGGUUUAUGAUUCCAACAGUUUGGUCAAAAUGAGGAACAUGAUAUAUGAACAAGGCGAAAGACGUGUAGCAUCUUCUGUAGUUUAUAAAAUUUUAGCUGGACAAAAUCCUAAUACUCAAGGCUUUAGAUUUGAUGCUUUAUUAUCUGAGAAAAUAAUCGAUGGUGCAAUACAUAAGUACUGGAACAAAGUGUUGUCUUGGAGCACAUGGUUGGGAAACACUACGUCAACAUUCAUCGGUAUUUACCUAUUCGCUCGAGGUUUAAAAUUUAUUGUUGAUACAAUCAUACAUAGUCAGAUAUUAUAUGACAUCUAUGGUUUCAGUUGGAAACUAAUAGCAUCAUUCUGGGACUCAUUAACUAAUUUUUUGUCGCAUAAAAACAAUAGAAGGGAGACGGUAAACAAAAUGGAAAAUAAUAGAUGUUCAGAAGAGAAUCAACAACCAAACAAUGAAACAGAAGAAACAGAAAUGAACCUGUAUAGAGGAAAUGUGUAUCCAAAAUUCAACACAAAUGUCUAGUCCUAAGUAAAAAGACAAUAUUAAUAUCAUUUCAUAUAAUAAGUAAUAAAUCGCUUAUCGACAAUUAUUAUUGUAAAUCUAGUAGAUUUACGGGGUCCGGAAUGUAACGAACGCGAAUCAAUCAAUUUGCAUUUCAAACUCAAGUUGUCAUUUUCCUUAAGUUAUACAGCGCACCGCAUGGCAUAUUGUUAGUUGCAAUAUGCGCAUAGUUGAUAAUUCUCUGCUACCCAAGACAAUUACGUCAUAAACUAAUCUUCUACGAAGGACCAAGAAAGAGACCCAUAAAUUGUAAUGAAAAUAGUGACGCACCGAUAGUGGCGGCGAUAACAAAGUAGAGAUAAUAAGAAAGGGACCCAAAAGAUAAUGAGUCAAAUCAGGUAGAAUGUAUUGUACAUUCAUUCAUAUAUAUAAGGCUUAGCAUUAGUAAUAAAGUUAGUUCUAGACCACA